AUGGACGCCUCAAAUCUCAUCGAAGAUGAGGCUGCCAUCGCCCAGCAGAAGCUCUCCAACGAGGAGUACAAGAUCUGGAAGAAGAACUCGCCCUUCCUCUACGACCUCGUCGUGACGCAUGCGCUCGAAUGGCCUUCGCUCACCUGCCAGUGGUUCCCGGACAAGGAGUCGCCCGCCGGUCAGUCCUAUACCCAACACCGACUGCUCCUUGGCACCCACACCUCGGGUCAAGACCAAAACUAUCUUCAGAUUGCACAAGUUCAGCUGCCCAACACGGGUGCUGAUGGCCCCUCCAACUCGGCAGAGAGUCGCUUGGAUCUCAAACAGUACGACGAGGACAAGGGGGAGAUUGGAAGCUAUUCGGCCACCACGGCUCGUUUGACCAUUGUGCAAAAGAUCAACCACGAUGGCGAGAUCAACCGUGCUCGCUACUGUCCUCAGAACUGCGACCUGAUUGCGACUCGAACCGUUACCGGCAAGACGUACGUGUUCGACAGAACAAAGCACUCCAACACACCUUCGGCCGAUGGCGUUUGUCGACCUGACAUCAUCCUCGAAGGGCAGGAAAAGGAAGGCUACGGUCUCUCGUGGUCGCCCUUGAAGCAGGGCCACAUUCUCGCCGCGAGCGAAGACACCACCGUCUGCCACUGGGACAUCAACAACUACACCAAGGGCAACAACACCCUCCAACCCACCGCGACCUACACGGGCCACACGUCGAUUGUCGAAGACGUCGCAUGGCACAACCACCACGAGUCGCUCUUCGGUUCCGUGGGCGAUGACCGCCAGCUGCUCAUCUGGGACGUGCGCGAACCUGCCUCGGCGCCCAAGUAUCGCGUGGAGGCGCACACGGGCGAAGUCAACACGCUCGCUUUCAGCCCCGAAAACGAAAACAUCCUCGUCACUGGAUCCUCGGACAAGACCGUCGGUGUGUGGGAUCUGCGCAACCUCAAGGUCAAGCUGCACUCGCUCGAAUCGCACACGGACGAGAUCCUGUCAGUGUGCUGGUCGCCACACCACCCGACCGUGCUUGCGAGUGCGUCGGCGGACCGCAGGGUGAAUAUCUGGGACCUCAGCAAGAUCGGCCAAGAACAGACGCCUGAGGACGCAGAGGACGGCCCGCCCGAGUUGAUCUUCGUGCACGGCGGUCACACGAGCCGCCCGACGGAUCUCGGUUGGAGCCCGCACAUGGAGUGGGCGCUCACCUCGGCUGCUGAGGACAACAUCGUCAUGGUCUGGAGGCCCAGCAAGGCUGUCAUUGACACGGGGAACGAGGAGGUCAACCCGGAGGACCUCGAGUAA